UGAAAAGGCUUAUAACACAUUCGCUUAACAGAGCCUGUUUCCAACCUCAGCUUUUGAUCUGAACUUGGUUUUAAGCUCCUGCCACCAUGCCUGCUGAUUACAAUGGGACGUGGGAAAUGGAAUCCAGUGAAAACUUUGAAGGCUACAUGGUUGCUUUAGAUAUUGAUUUUGCGACUCGUAAAGUUGCAAAGCACUUGAAACAAACAAAAGAGAUUAUUCAAGAUGGAGAUAAUUUUAAAACAAAAACACUCAGCACUUUCAGAAACUAUGAAGUGAACUACACUGUGGGAGUGGAGUUUGAAGAACAUACCAAAGGACUUGAUAACCGAGUGGUAAAGACACUAGUGACCUGGGAUGGUGACAAACUGGUAUGUGUUCAGAAAGGUGAGAAGAAAAACAGAGGCUGGAAGCACUGGAUUGAAGGAGACAAACUUUAUCUGGAACUGACAUGUGAAGACCAGGUGUGCCUUCAGGUAUUUAAGAAGAAAAAAUAAAACUGACCAGAAACCCCUCCAGAUCUUCAUCAUACAUAUUUUGCAAUUAUGUUCUGUCUAAAAAAAGAACCAAACCAGAUUUGCAAUAAUCCUUUGACACGAUGUGAAUGCAUUUUUGUGCAUGCUUCUGGAGACAAACACAUUUUACCAAAAUAACAUGAAACAGUCAUGAACAUCAUAAAUUCUUUUCUUUUUCAGUUUGGGCUUAAAGAAAAGUAAUCGUCUUUCAAGUAAUGCUUUCCUCUGUUCUUAGAAUCUUUGUAAUCCUUUUCAGAGGAAUGUCUCUAAGACCUUUAGCAACAAGGCUGGAAAUAAAUAGUCCCAAUUAUCUCAACCACAGUGUAUCUCUCUGUAGUGCCGUAAUAGCAUAAUAUAUUUGGAUGACUGCAUAGAAUUUGACAUCCUUUGGACUGUUUCUAUUUAAUUUAGUCCUGGAUCACUAAGUCUACAGUUUGAGGAAACAGGAUGGCUCAUCAAACUUGUAACAGGAUACACAGCUUUUCAUAUUUAAGUUAUUCAUUUGAUUUUGGCUCAGGUCUAUAGCUGCUGGAGGUUGUUACCACCUGAUAAAUCUCUCCUCAUGGCCUAUGUGAAAUGCUGUAGGUCCUUAAUACAGUCCUAACAGAUAGUUGUCUAUGCUCCUAACCUCCAGUUAGAACUGGCAUCCUACUAAAAACCCUAGUGAGGAAGUCAAAAUGUUUGAAGAACAUUCUCCAUUCAAGAGUCGGUCCAUAAAGUUAAACCUGAGGCAAGCCUAUGGCUGCAAGAGGAAAAUGGCUAAGUUCACAUGGGCUCCAUGUAUCCCGUGCAUGAAAAGUAUCCAGCAUGCUGAUAUCUUCACCUUGUAGCUGCCUUUUACAGACUUUAAAGAAAAGUCAUUUACAUACAAUUGUUUUCAGUCUUAUUAUCUGGCAUUUAGGGUUUUUCAAAAGAAUUCAUGCUCUUUGCUAGAGGCAAGUUUAAAUUAACCAUGAAUGGUAAGAACUACUUCUUCAGUAAACGGAAACAGAAAUUAUUCAAAAAAAGGGGAAUGCACAUUCCACAGAUUUGAGGCAAGGCUUGUAUGCCCAAAAGCUCAUCUAUUUUUUUCAAACUACAUGAAUUAUUCUAAUAAAAUAUACUCUCUUGCCCUACAAACCUUGCCUUGCAGACAUAUCAGCCAUCAUAUAAAUUUUAUCACCAUUUCAAUCCCCUCUUGUCCAUCUCCUGUUUGGUACUGGAGGAGUGGGAACUCACUAAACAGACCAGUGGUAAGGAACUAGAAAAAAGAUAUGGAAAAAAAAACUUUGCAGAAAUAGAGGAUCAUGUGUUUUCUCCCCAUCCACACUAGCUGCUUAGUCUACUCACUCACUGUCAGUAUCUCCGGAGGAGAAAGGGGCAGAUAGAGUCCCCCAGCUUAAGUCAAGGCCGCAGCUGCACAAGUCCAAAUCUGAUUACUUUGUCACUGAUACUUACAUGGCCCUGUGCAUAUAAGUGCAAAUACAGAAGUAGGGACAUUUUUAUGAAUUGGACUUUUCUUUUCCCAAUAAAAAUCGAUCUGGUGUCAA